CUUCAAACCCCACCCCCUUUCAUCAAUCCCUCGCUCACGAAUCACAGGGGCGCUGUUACAAAAGCACAAGGAACCUCUCGAUCUCAAUCAAAUCGCUCAAUUGGGAAGGAUAUUCAUUGUUGCUCAAUCGUUUUCAGUUCGAGUUGUUUUGUUGGAUCGCUCACUCGAAUCUUAGGGUUCAGGAGCUAAUAAUCGAUUUAAGGCUUAAUUCUGAUAUCUAACAAUGCCUCUCAGGCUCGAUAUCAAGAGGAAGCUUGCUCAAAGAUCAGAAAGAGUAAAAUCGGUGGACCUGCAUCCUACGGAACCAUGGAUCCUCACAAGUUUGUAUUCAGGAACAGUCUGCAUAUGGGAUUACCAGUCUCAGACUAUGACAAAAUCAUUCGAGGUUACUGAGUUACCAGUCAGAUCAGCAAAGUUCAUAGCACGCAAGCAGUGGGUUGUUGCAGGUGCAGAUGACAUGUAUAUCCGGGUAUACAAUUACAAUACAAUGGAUAAAGUCAAAGUAUAUGAGGCACAUACAGAUUAUAUUAGAUGUGUUGCUGUUCACCCCACCCUCCCAUAUGUAUUGUCAUCAUCUGAUGACAUGCUUAUAAAACUUUGGGAUUGGGAAAAGAACUGGCUUUGUACUCAAAUUUUUGAGGGCCAUUCCCAUUAUGUGAUGCAAGUGACAAUCAAUCCAAAAGACACCAACACUUUUGCAAGUGCAUCCCUUGAUCGUACCAUAAAGAUUUGGAAUCUUGGCUCACCUGAUCCUAACUUCACACUUGAUGCACAUCUCAAAGGAGUGAAUUGUGUGGAUUAUUUUACUGGGGGCGAUAAACCUUAUCUAAUUACUGGAUCAGAUGAUCACACUGCUAAGGUGUGGGAUUAUCAAACCAAAAGUUGUGUCCAGACUUUAGAAGGUCACACACACAAUGUUUCUGCUGUAUGCUUCCAUCCCGAACUCCCAAUAAUUAUUACAGGUUCUGAGGAUGGUACUGUACGUAUAUGGCACUCCACCACUUAUAGACUAGAGAACACAUUGAAUUAUGGACUUGAAAGGGUCUGGGCUGUUGGGUGCAUGAAAGGUUCACGAAGGGUUGUUAUUGGAUAUGAUGAAGGGACCAUAAUGGUGAAAAUUGGUCGUGAGGAGCCUGUAGUUAGCAUGGAUAAUAGUGGAAAAAUUAUAUGGUCUAAGCAUAAUGAGAUCCAGAUUGUUAACAUCAAAAGCGUGGGUGCUGAUCAUGAGGUUUCUGAUGGAGAGAGGUUACCUUUAGGAGUUAAAGAGCUGGGAACAUGUGAUCUCUACCCACAAAGCUUGAAGCACAAUCCAAAUGGGAGGUUUGUGGUUGUAUGUGGUGAUGGUGAAUACAUUAUAUAUACAGCUUUAGCAUGGAGAAAUAGAUCCUUUGGUUCUGCUUUGGAAUUUGUUUGGUCAACAGAUGGUGAGUAUGCUGUUAGAGAGAGCACAUCUAAAGUCAAGAUUUUUAACAAGUCUUUCCAGGAAAAGAAGAGUAUCAGGCCGACAUUUUCAGCUGAACGAAUAUAUGGAGGAUCUUUGUUGGCAAUGUGCUCAAAUGAUUUUAUAUGUUUUUAUGAUUGGUCUGAGUGCAGAUUGAUUCAACGGAUUGAUGUUAAUGUCAAAAACCUAUACUGGGCUGAUAGUGGUGAUUUGGUGGCUAUUUCCAGUGAUUCAUCAUUCUACGUGCUAAAAUAUAAUCGUGAUGUAGUAUCAGCACAUCUGGAUAGUGGAAGACCUGUAGAUGAUCAAGGAAUUGAAGAUUCCUUUGAACUUCUAUUUGAAGUAAAUGAAAAAGUUAGAACUGGAUUAUGGGUUGGAGACUGUUUUAUAUACACUAAUGCUUCAUGGAGACUCAACUAUUGUGUUGGUGGCGAGGUUAACACAAUGUUCCAUUUGGAUCGACCUAUGUAUCUUCUUGGGUAUCUUGCUAAUCAGAGCAGGGUUUAUCUCAUUGACAAAGAAUUCAAUGUCAUUGGUUACACUUUGCUUCUGACGUUAAUCGAGUACAAGACACUUGUGAUGCGUGGAGACAUAGAACGAGCUAAUGGAGUUUUACCCUCAAUCCCAAAGGAGCAUUAUAAUAGUGUUGCUCAUUUUCUGGAGUCACGGGGCAAGGUUGAAGAGGCCUUGGAAGUUGCUACAGACCCUGAUUAUAGAUUUGAGUUGGCCAUUCAGCUUGGUAAACUUGACAUUGCCAAGGACAUUGCACUGGUAGCAGAGAGCGAGUCAAAAUGGAAGCAAUUGGGUGAAUUAGCCAUGUCUGCUGGAUUGUUGGACAUGGCAGAGGAUUGUUUGAAACAUGCAAACGAUUUGAGUGGUUUAUUACUUCUUUACUCUUCUUUAGGAGAUGCUGAAGAGAUAUCAAAACUUGCAUCUCUUGCUAAAGAAAACGGAAAAAACAAUGUUGCAUUCGCUUGUCUUUUUAUGUUGGGCAAAUUAGAAGACUGUUUACAGCUGUUAAUUGACAGCAAUCGGAUACCUGAAGCUGCUCUAAUGGCACGAUCUUAUCUUCCCAGCAAGGUUUCAGAGAUAGUCUCCCUUUGGAGAAAAGACCUUAACAAGGUUAACCAGAAAGCUGCAGAAUCUUUAGCGGAUCCUCAAGAGUACCCGAAUAUGUUUGAGGACUGGCAAAUUGCACUUGAGGUCGAAGAAAAGGCUGCAGAGACAAGGGGUAGUUAUCCUCCAGCAGUGGAGUAUGUGAACUAUGUUGAUAGAUCACAUAUGAAUCUAAUCAUGAGAAUGGAAGGGAGGAUGAAUUUGUUGAUGGUGAAGAAGGUGGUGUGGGCAUGGAUAAUGAUUCUACAGAUGGUGCUGUACUUGUUAAUGGAAACGAUGCUGACCAAGACCAAGACCAAGAUAAAGAGUGAGCGACCUAGGGUUCAUGUAUAUAAACACAAGCUUCCGCACACACUUGAAACUACGGCAAAAAUAAGCAUAGAAGCUCCACAUCGGACCACUUUCAAGAAUAAAAUUAAUUUUAUCUUCAGUCUGUGA